UGACCAUUGAUUUGUCAAACUUCAACACAUAUCUCAUUUCUAUCGUCCUCUCGGCUGAAAUCAUUCUUUCUCUUAAUAAACGUGCUCGCGGGUGUAAUUCGUCACCACAUCAAAGAUGUCGUCGAAAGUAUCCCGUGAUACCUUGUACGAAUGCGUGCAGGCAGUUUUGGACAAAUCAAAGGAAAAGAAGAGGAACUUUUUGGAAACUGUUGAAAUCCAAAUCGGUUUGAAGAAUUAUGACCCUCAGAAGGACAAACGUUUCAGUGGAACCGUCAAACUUAAGAAUAUCCCAAGACCUAAAAUGCAAGUGUGCGUGUUGGGAGACCAGCAACAUUGCGAUGAAGCAAAUGCCAACAAUGUUCCUUUCAUGGAUGUUGAAGCUUUGAAAAAACUUAACAAGAACAAAAAACUUGUUAAAAAAUUGGCAAAGAAGUACGACGCUUUCUUGGCUUCUGAAGCCUUGAUCAAACAGAUUCCAAGGCUAUUGGGUCCCGGUUUAAACAAAGCCGGUAAAUUCCCUGGUCUUUUGUCUCACCAGGAAUCUAUGACUCAGAAAAUUGAUGAAGUCAAGGCAACCAUCAAAUUCCAGAUGAAGAAGGUAUUGUGCCUUUCUGUUGCUGUGGGACACGUUGAUAUGACCACUGAUGAAUUGGUGCAAAAUGUCCAUUUGGCCGUCAACUUCUUGGUUUCUCUUUUGAAGAAACAUUGGCAAAACGUCAGGUCUCUCCAUGUGAAAUCAUCCAUGGGACCACCACAAAGAUUAUACUAGAUUUUAAUCUUGUUUAAAUAAAAUGUGAAAACCUCAAA